UUUAAGGAGGAUGUCCAGUUUUCCCCUGACGAGGUGUACCGUGUGCGCCCUGUGAUUAUAUACUACUACCUAGAGGAUGACAGCAUGUGCAUCUAUGAGCCCAUAGUGGAGAACUCUGGGUUAUGGCAGGGGAAACGGUUGAAACGACAGCGUGUGCCCAAGAAUGAACGAGGAGAGCAUUACGAGWAUAAAGACCUUAACCUUGGCAUAGACCUGGUGGUGUAUGUGCGCAAGUACCACAUCACAAAUUGCGAUGAGUUUACAAUGAAAUUCAUGGAAAGUGAGGGCAUUAUUUUGAACGACCCUGAGCCGAUGCCAGUUGAUCCUUACAUCAACAAUCGCAAAAUGACUCUGCCUUGCUACACCACACCCUCAGAAUUUGACAAAAAACACCGGUUUCUCACUAUGGACGGGAAGGUAGAGUAAAUUCCUUCUGUAACCAUUAUAAACUCUGAUCCAGACAGCUAUCAACACAGAGGCAGAAAAUGAACCGGUUCUAGU